AGUACUGAUUAAUAAGUAUACAAAGGAAUUUCCAUUUUGUUCUACAUAGUUGUAUGUAGUGUUAGUCAAACAAAAUGGCUAAUAAAAGUUCAAUGAUUUUAUUUUUGUGCGUACUAAUAUGGAAAGAAAAUACCGUUGAAGGAAAUGUCCAGAAUUUACCAACUAUUCAUUUGGUACAGAACGCAAAUCCUGCAAUUCCAAAUCUGAUAACUUUUGGUAACAGUGUGUACUAUAUUGCACAUACUUUUGAGGGUAGUUGGUUAGAGGCAACGCUACAUUGUAAAUCUUUUAACAUGGACCUCGUCAGUAUUGAAACACAAGAAGAAAAUAACUUUCUUUACCAAAAGAUGAAGGAAUACUUUGGUAAUUCACCCGCAUUGGAGUUUUGGAGUUCAGCAGCAAAAGUGCAGAACAGAUGGGUAUGGAUGGGUAAAGGACGUCCAAUCAACUACACCAACUGGUAUCCCAAUCAACCAGACAACUCGGAAAAUAAUGAAAAUCGUAUACAAGUGAAUUAUGAGUGGGCAAAUGGUGUUCGCUGGAACGACAGGAAUGAAAAUAAUGGCAGGUUGCAUGCACUUUGUGAAGCAGAAAUUGGUAGAACGGUGGCUGAAAUCGUUGGUGCAGCUUGCAAUGCUACUAAUUCAGUCCCUACAUUGUAAUAUAUUGAUAAUAAAUGAGAUUUUUAUUUU